CCCGGGCUACACCGUUUGGUACGGUCCGAGGUUUCCCCUCCCCUUCCCGCGAAGGUGGUUGCUCCCACACCGCCCGGAAGUGCUCGCGGUCGGGUCCCGGGGGUGGACUGGUGGCGGGACAUGGAGGUGCGGGGCCGUGUGGACAGUCCGGGCGGAGCCCUGGCGUCUGCCGAGCCGGUUCCGGCUCCGGUGACCCUGGCGCAGCUCCUGCAGCUGGUCCAGAAGGGCCAGGAGCUCCCGGGUCUGGAGAAACGCCACAUCACUGCGACCCACGGCGAGCCCACGGCGUCGCUGCUCCCGCGGAGGCCCAAGCCCUGGGAGGACGCGGGCUCGGCCGCAUCGGCCCGCACCGCCGCCCUAGACGCGCGCACGCAGUCCCCGACCGUCGGGGAACCGGCCCGGGUCAGCCCAGCGGCCCAGCUCGGCCGAGGCCCAGCAGAUUCCUGAGCUCGAGGGCUUUUACAGCCGAGAUCCGGAGGACCGGACUGGGUCCUGCAAGAACCCGAGAGUCUGGACAGCUGCCACCCUUACUCAUCUUUCUGCAUCUGCGCUGACCUGUCUCAACCGGACCCGGUCUUCCAGGAGACUCAACGUUGCCCAGGAAUUUUGGGUUUGGACGCUGAAUUUCAACUGCAUACCGUGUUCUAGUCCGUCCGUGUAAUUGAAAAAGCCUGUUUCACCACCUGCGGUCUGUUUCACUUGGGGCAGUAACCUCCAGGGCCACCUUCUAAUGAUACUGAUAAAGUAAACCGAGAGCCGGGUCAUUUCUGAUUUUGCAGUUGUUUGGGUUUGAUGAUAGAAGUCGGUUCUGGAAUGAUGCAGCUAGUGAGAUCUUUAAGACAGACGUCCUCUGUAGCUCUGGCCGUCCAGGCUGGCCUCCUCUGAGUGCCGGGAUUAACAGUGUGGGCCACUACCGCCUGGCCCGUUUCAUUAAAAGCUGAGCGGCAGUAAAACCCGAGAAGUCUUGGCUCUUGGAACCAACUCCUCCCACGAUGCAGGUCGCAGAACCAAGCUGUGGCUCAGCAGCUGGUGCCUUAGCUACGGAGCCAUCUCCACAGCUGGAACAGAAGAGUGCUGGGAAUUACAGCGUCGAUGCUAAGAUUGUGUGUAACUGAGUGCGCGGUGUCAGAUGGGGGGCUGGGGCGGGCUGAGCAGGUCUUAGUCACCGAGCUAUGCUUGGGCUCCCUGAAAUCUUGUUUAAGACCUGGUCUCUUUACAUACUCCCGCCUGGCCUUGAACUCAAGAGACGCCGGCCUCUGCCUCCCGAGUGCUGGGAUUAAAGGCUUGCGCCACCACACCAGGCUCCCAAGCAGUCUUUCCAACAGGUCCAGUGGCUCACUGCACUCUCUAAAACGAAGACCCGAAUGGCAGUGUCAGCAGCCUUAGGUCUACCCAUGUAGUUUAGUGACUAAAAUAGACUGGGCAAUUUAGAGUCCUACAACUUGCUUGGGACGUGUUAAGUUAGAAGGGAUAUCACGUUGUUUUUUUGUUUUUUUCUUUGUGACACAGGAUUUCUCCCGUGUAGUUUCGGAGCCUUUCCUGGAACUCAGCCUGUAGCCUAGGCUGGCCUCAAACUCUCUCCAUGUCACCCUGGCUGCCCUGAAAUGUGUGUGUAAGAUCAAGGUAGCCUUGAACUCAUGAAGACCCAUCCACUUGGCAAGCACAAUCGCCCAAGGCUCUAAAUACACUUUAACUUUGGGUUGGAGACGUUAAAAGCCCUUGCUGCUUUGCAGAGGACCUGGCGUCGCUUCCAGACCUUCCAGCUUUCAUUUUGCCCUUAACUCCAGCUCUAGGGCACCACACGUUUUCUGGCUGCUCUGGGCCACACUCAUGGUACAGAAUCACACACACAAUACAUCUAAAAAUAGUCUUUUACUUACAAUUAUUUUAAAAGUGGUUUUAAAUUCUGACAUCCAGGAGCUCCACUUUUCAGGCCAGAAACGCAAGCCAUGCCCCUUAUCUUAAAGGGCCUCACACUUAUUAGGGAAGCACUCUGACACUGCCUAGGGGCGCCUCAUUUAGCAUUUCUCUGUGACUGCAAGGGAUUUUUGGUUACCUCAUCUCCCAAUGCUCUACAACAGCAGUUACUGACCCCUGGAAGAUUCUGGAACC